CGAGCGAGAGCGCCCCCGAGCAGCGCCCGCGCCCUCCGCUCCUCCUCCGGAAGGACCUCCAGAGCAGGACGCCCGCAGCUCCCUCGCCUCCCGGCCCUCGCCUCCCCGCCGCCCGGCCCACCGUCCCAGCCAGGCCAGGCCAAGCCAGGCCGGCCCGCCCGCUGCGCACCGGUGUGUCGGCGUCUUUGCUUCCUCGCUCGCCCGGACCCCUCCUGCGCGCCACGAUGAGCUCCCACACCGCCAGGACGCUUGCCCUCGCCGUCAUCCUUCUCCACUUGGCCAGGCUGGCACUCUCCACCUGCCCUGCCGCCUGCCACUGCCCCCUGGAGGCACCCAAGUGCGCCCCGGGAGUCGGGCUGGUCCGGGACGGCUGCGGCUGCUGUAAAGUCUGCGCCAAGCAGCUGAACGAGGACUGCAGCAAAACGCAGCCCUGCGACCACACCAAGGGGCUGGAAUGCAACUUCGGCGCCAGCUCCACCGCUCUGAAGGGGAUCUGCAGAGCUCAGUCAGAGGGCAGACCCUGUGAAUAUAACUCCAGAAUCUACCAGAAUGGGGAAAGCUUCCAGCCCAACUGUAAACAUCAGUGCACAUGUAUCGACGGCGCCGUGGGCUGCAUUCCUCUGUGUCCCCAAGAACUCUCUCUCCCCAAUUUGGGCUGUCCCAACCCCCAGCUGGUCAAAGUCACCGGGCAGUGCUGUGAAGAGUGGGUCUGCGACGAGGAUGGUGCCAAGGACCCCAUGGAUGACAGGGACGGCCUCCUGGGCAAGGAGCUGGCAUUCGAUGCCUCCGAGGUGGAGUUAACGAGAAACAAUGAAUUAAUUGCAGUUGGCAAAGGCGGCUCCCUGAAGCGGCUCCCGGUUUUUGGAAUGGAGCCUCGCAUUCUGUACAACCCUUCCUUGCACGGCCAGAAAUGUAUCGUUCAAACAACUCCAUGGUCCCAGUGCUCGAAGACCUGUGGAACUGGUAUCUCCACACGGGUUACCAAUGACAACCCUGCAUGCCGCCUGGUGAAGGAAACCCGGAUCUGUGAGGUGCGGCCUUGUGGACAGCCGGUGUACAGCGGCCUGAGAAAGGGCAAGAAAUGCAGCAAGACCAAGAAGUCCCCCGAGCCGGUCAAGUUCACUUACGCUGGCUGUUCGAGCGUGAAGAAGUACCGGCCCAAGUACUGCGGGUCCUGCGCGGACGGCCGCUGCUGCGCGCCCCAGCAGACCAGGACGGUGCAGAUGCGCUUCCGCUGCGAAGACGGGGAGACGUUCUCCAAGAACGUCAUGAUGAUCCAGUCCUGCAGGUGCAGCUACAACUGCCCGCAUGCCAGCGAGGCCGCCUUUCCCUUCUACAGGCUGUUCAACGACAUUCACAAGUUCAGGGACUAAGUGCCCCCCGGGGUUCCCAGCACCAGGCUGGACCAGCUGGGGAGAGAAGAGUGGCAGAAUCACGCAGACGUGGGUGGGGGCGGUGGGGUGAAGGGACUCACUGUAGAAGGGAUGCAUUGCUCGUUCUUGAGUAGUAUUAAGGUGUUUGGAAACUGCCAGGUGUGCUGGUGCGUAUGGACACUGACGCAGCCGCCACUGGAGAAUACUUCGCUUCAUAAUAUUGGAGCACACGUUCCUGCUUCAUCUUGGAGCUUGGUGUCGAUGACGUUCUGUUUUCUGUUUGUAAAUUAUUGGUUAAGCGUAUUUUUCUCUAGGCGUCUUUCCUUUCGGUUCUACAGUUGUGAAAGAUAAUCAGGUCAGUUGGACAGUUAGAGCAUUCUUUGAUAGACGUAAAUGGGACGGGGGGGGGGUCCAUCCCUUCCCGAGGGUGACACUCCGUGAGUGUCCGUGAGAGGCAGCUAUCUGCACUCUGAAUUGCAAACAGAAAUCAGGUGUUUCAAGUCUGAAUGUUUUUAUUUAUCAAAAUGUAGCUCUCGGGAGGGAGGGGAAAUGUAAUACUGGAAUAAUUUGUAAAUGAUUUUAAUUUUAUAUUCAGUGAAAAGAAUUUAUUUAUGGAAUUAAUCAUUUAAUAAAGAAAUAUUUACCUAA